GGGCGAAGCUCUUCGCGAAGUACGACGAGGAGAGGGGCGGAACGAUGUGGGCGCGGAGGUGGAUUCGGGGAAGACGUGGAGAUCGACAUCUCUUUUUGGGAGAAGUGGGAGUCGACACCUUCAUCUUCAUCCUGAUAGGGGCGUUCCUUUUUGCCAAAGAAAGGGGCCCUGAAAGGGGAUUUCUGGACCUUUCUUGAGGUGAAGAUGUCAAAUGAUCUGACGGUAACAUUGCAGAACAUUGCUUAAAUUCAAUGAGAGGACUUGAUUCUGGAUGCUUUCAUUGAACAUUUCAGACUGGUUUGCCAUCAGACUUGCUUCAUUUUGCUUAGCCGGGAGAUGCUUUCACGCCAUAGGGCCCUCUGUGCGUCGCGGCAAGCGCCUUCUCCUCAUUUGAGACAUCGGCGUAGGCGGAGGCGUAGCCCCUGUCAGGCUGCCCUGGAAGAGGAUUUGAAGGUUUUUAAGGUUUCUUUCAACGAACAACUUGUGAAGAGCAAUAGAAGGUUUGAAGAUGUUGGAAUAUGUUCUAAUUGCGUUGCAAAACCUUUUGGCUCAAGUUGUCCUACUUCGAUCCUGCUCUAAAUUGGAGGAACCAGGUUGGAACGGUGGGAGAAUGCCGCCUCAACGUCUUCCGCGUGGGAUCCUGCCGGAGGGUAUCGAUGUGCCCGAGGGCACCGAUAUCAUGCAGUUCUGCCGGGACCUGGCUGAAAGCGGCGCCCAGUUCGCGGAGCAGUUCGACCGGAGCCACCCGAAGUUCCACGGCGGCAACCCCACGGCCGUGCCGCUGGGCGGCGACCGGGUGCCCGAGUCGCUGGCGGCCUCCAUGGGCGGUGAGGCGGAGGUGAAGAACUGGCGAGACCUGCCGGAUGCUCCCUUGAGCUUAGAGGAUGACUAUGGGCCAGACUACAAGCGAUGGAUGGACGCUCAUAAGACUCUCAACGACUGCAAGAAGGCCAUUGCCGUAGUCAACAAACCAGUGGAAGUUGCCAUGAAGCUCAGAGUUCAAUACAAAGAGGCGGAGGGGGAAGACAAGUCUGCCUACCAAGGGAGGCUCAAAGGCGCCGAGAAUGACCGCGACGGCGCGCUGGACGCCGCCACGGCCACGAUCCUCGGGAUGAGCCCGGAGGUGAUCUCCGAGCGCUGCCGGAGCUGCGUGGAGGACGUGGUGAAGAAGGGGAAGUUCGAGUUCAUCGACAAAGAGACCUACGGGGAAUUUAUCCAGAUCUUGAAGCGCGCCAACCAGGAUGCGACGCAUGCAUCCACUAACCAGGAGAUCUUCAUGGAUCAAAAGAGAAUACUUCAAAAGAUCAAGGACAUCAAAAAAGCAUGCAAGGAGCGAAACGCUCAUCCCGAGAAGCAGGAGGACCUCCCUCAGGCUGACGCCGCGGAGGGCGGCGCCUGAAUGAACCGUCCCGGUCCCGCCGUGUGAAGCUGACAAGGCUCAGCUAGGGACGUGCAUAUGCAUGAGUAUAGGGUGAAGCGCGUUUGGCGCCAAGAGGCGGACACGCCUCCAGUUCAUGGCGGUUUUGGCUUUCCGGAA